UUCUGCUGAUGAAGUUUUAACAGUGGGAAUCCUUUGGGCUUGUUUUUAUUGCCACCUUGAAAAUAGAACAAGAAAAGUUUCUCAUAGAUCUUCAUGUAUUAAUUAGGAAAGUUCAGUAGGUUUUAAAGAUAAUUAAAUGUGUAGUGUGAGUAUCUGUUUUGAGACCAGAAACUUGUUGGCUUAGUUGAAAGAUUUAUUUUAUAUUCUAAGACUGUAGUGUGGCAGAGUUCACAAAUGUAAAAAAUGUCUUGGGUUGGCUAAAACCAUCUUUGCCUGGCAGUUGAGUGAUAACUGUAAUUCAUCUUGAUAGCGUAUUUCAGCAUUUCUGGGAUUAUUUUAAAAGUGUAUCAAAAGGUCAAAUGUUAAAAUGUGCCUUCUCUUCUUGAAGGAAGAGGUAAGAGAUAUAAUUGAAAGCUGAACGAAAUUAGGGAAGUUGUAGGUAGGAUCAGGGAGUAGUGAGAACAGUGGGAACAAAGUGAAAGCAUCAGAAAUUUUGGAAGGGAGCUGUUUGGAAAGGUGAGUACUAGUGUGACUUCUUGGAUGCCCUUGUUAGUCUGUGUGUGGAACAAAAGUGAAUGGGACUAAUUACAGUAAAAUUUCAGUUACGUAAGUGAAAAGCAUUUUGGAUCAUACACAAAUACACCUGAAAUGUACUGGAAGAGAAAGCUGUAUCUCUCUUCAUCUGCUUUAGGAGAAGCAGAGACCAUCUGCUUGACAAACUAGCUAAAGUGAGGUAGGGAGGCUGUAUGCUAAAAAUGCAAAUCUGAUUCCUGGUUAUAUGACCUAUAUAUAUGACACUAUACGUAGGAGCUAAGGAGUCCAGAAGGUAUUGAUAUGGAAUUCUUUGACUGCUUGUCCUAAUACAAUGAUUAAGGAACAAGAAAACGGGGUUGGUAAAACUGAUACUCUUCAGGCAAAGGUGUUCAAAAAUACACCAUAAGAUUAAAUGUUCACCUGUGAUAAACUCAAUUGCUUUAAAUCUUCAGGGCAAGAUUAUUUUAAGUUCUAGAACUGCUAAGGAGGUCUAUGAAUUAACAUUAUCUCUAGUUUUUAACUAAAAAAAAAAAUCAAAUACAAAACCCUGGUAAAAUUUGCAGAUAGCUGUUGAAAUAGAUCACCUGCAAAAAGAGGGAACCACAGACUUGCCAUCUUCAAGCGAGGUUGUAAAGUCCCACAUAGAAUGGCAGAGAUUGUGGACAGUAGUGGGGGAGAAAAAAAGAAUGGUAAUAUGAUUAAUGUAGUUUUUUGGAAAAUAGGUGUUAGUCCCAAAAAAGGAGGCUUUUGAUUAUUUCCUAGUAUUGACAUAGUACUAGUGUGCAAUACUUCUUUAUGAUAAUCCUGUGUUUUGGCUCUAAAUAGAAUCAGUGCAGUUAAUAUAAAUUGAUAAGUCUUAAAAGAAAUAAAGCCUGAUACUGUUAGAUCUCUAUAUGUGUUGCUUGAUAAAACUUGCAGGUGUUAAAAAAUGAAUGAUGAAAUAAUUAUUGCUGCAAUUAUAAUGUUUGAAUUGCUUAGCAAAUUUGAUAGAGCCAGGAAAAAAGAGACUCACACUUCCAGUAUAAAAUAGUAUCUAUAAUUGCUGGGAUAUUUAGAGUUGUAGUGUUAAACAAUUUAAUCUCUAAGGAGUGAUGAUGUAACUGAGAGGGCGGCUGCUUUCUCAGGUGCAGAAGGCACAGCAGCAGCAGAGCAUUUAGUAUAACUAGUAGUGGCUACAAGUAAUGCAAGGUUUGAAAAUGUCUUAAAAUAGCAAACUAAAUACUGGCAUUUGUCUUUAUUUAAGCUUACUGUGAAUAGAAAUUAGUAAGAACCAAAUGAUAAAUACCUGUGCAGAGAUGCCUAGAAUCUGUCUUCAUUCUAUUUCCAAAUUCAGACAAAAAUAAUUUCAGAAAGAAGCAUUUUUUUGCAAGAUCUUUGAGGAAACUUGCAUAGGCAUUUUUUUGACACAGCACUUCUUCAAACCACUGGAUACUCUAACAUAAAAUUGUAUUUGUAUGUCUUACAGAUACGAAACAAAAAAUACUGGGCAACAGUCUUUUUCACAGCAGAUUAGACUGAGAGGCUGGGGCAGUUGUCUGCUAUUGACAUUCAUACUUACACAGAUUAAAGAUUUUCAGGUUUCCCUGAAAUUAGGAAGUUCUUCAGAUAACCAGGAUGCACUUCCAGUGGGACUGGCUGUGCUUGGGUGUCCUAAUAAUUAGCUCAGUGACUGCAGGAAUAGAAAAUGAAGAAAAUCUGGAUGCAGAUGUCGAAGUGGAGAAUUUUGACAAGCAGUCCCAAGAAGCUGAUGUUGACAGAGAGAAAUCUUCUAUAGAGGUUGUGUACCAGACUCCAAAGCCAACGGGGGAAGUGUAUUUUACAGAAACCUUUGAUGAAGGAUUGUCUGGGUGGGUGUUGUCUGUAACACUGAAAGAAGACAUGGAUGAUAAUGUUGCUAAAUAUGAUGGGAGAUGGGAAGUAGAAGAGCUGAAAGAAAACGCUGUGCCUGGAGACAAAGGAUUAGUAUUAAAAUCAGUGGCAAAGUAUCAUGCAAUAUCAGCAAUGCUAACAAAAGCAUUUUUUUUUGAUGAUAAACCUUUGAUUGUUCAAUACGAAGUGAAUUUUCAAAAAGGCAUUGACUGUGGUGGUGCAUAUAUUAAACUUCUCUCCAGUAGCAAUGACUUGAAUCUGGAAUACUUUUUUGACAAAACACCUUACACUAUUAUGUUUGGACCAGAUAAAUGUGGAGAAGAUUACAAACUACACUUUAUCUUCAGACAUAAGAAUCCUAAAACUGGAGAAUAUGAUGAAAAACAUGCUGAACGUCCUGAUGUAGACCUAAAAAAAUUCUAUUUGGACAAGAAGACACAUCUAUAUACUCUUGUGCUAAAACCAGAUGACACAUUUGAAAUAUUAAUCGACCAAACAGUUGUCAGUAAAGGAAAUCUUCUUGAGAAUAUGAUUCCUCCAGUAAAUCCUUCCAAAGAAAUAGAGGAUCCUACUGAUAAGAAGCCUGAUGAUUGGGAUGAGAGACCAAAAAUACCUGAUCCAAAUGCUGUCAAACCAGAUGACUGGGAUGAAGAUGAACCUGCCAAAAUAGAAGAUCCUGAUGCUGUUAAGCCUGAGGGGUGGCUUGAUGAUGAACCACAGUAUGUUCCAGACCCUAAUGCAAGAAAACCAAAGGACUGGGAUGAAGAAAUGGAUGGAGAGUGGGAAGCCCCUCAGAUCCCUAAUCCAAAGUGUGAGACUGCACCUGGUUGUGGAGAGUGGGUGCAUCCCAUGAAAAAUAACCCAAAAUAUAAAGGAAAAUGGAGAGCACCUAUGAUAGAUAAUCCUAACUAUCAGGGAAUCUGGAGCCCUCGGAAAAUACCAAACCCAGACUAUUUUGAAGAUCUUCACCCAUUCAAGAUGACCACUGUCAGUGCUAUUGGUUUAGAACUAUGGUCUAUGACGUCUGAUAUCUACUUUGAUAACUUCAUCAUAUGUUCAGAAAAAGAAGUAGCAGAUCGCUGGGCAGCUGAUAGCUGGGGCUUGAAAAAAUUAGUAGCAAGUGCUAAUGAGCCUGGUAUGUUUAGUCAAUUGGUGACUGCUGCAGAAGAACAUCCAUGGCUCUGGGUUCUUUACAUCUUGACUCUAGCUCUCCCUGUUGGUCUAAGUGUGUUGUUCUGCUGGCCAGGAAAGAAAUCAGAUGAAUAUAUUGACUUCAAAAAAACUGAUGUAUCUAAGCAAAUUACAAAGGAAGAACUAAAAGAAGAGACAGAGGAGUUUGAAGAUGAUGAACUAGAAGAGGAAAAAGAAAAUGAAGAUACUGGUGAAGAUGAGAGAAGAGAAAUGGAGGAGACAAAAAGAGAGCUUAUAAAGGAUACAAAGAAGAUGGGAAGGGAGGCUCCUGUUUCAGAAGAUGAAGGUGAAGGUGGUGAAGAUAUUUAUGAUGAUGAAGAAGAAAAUGAAGUUCCAGAUGAGGAAGAAAAUGAAAUUGCAGAUGGAAGUCAGGAAGGUGAUAGGUUAAAUAAAUCUGAUUCAGAAGAUGAGAAGAAAGAAGCUGAUGAAGGAAUGGGAGAUAAUCCACUGAAAUCAGUGCGCAAAAGAAGAGUACGAAAGGACUGAGUUACUUCCAGCUGGUGUUUUCAGAUCUAGAGACAGUGACAGUAACUUUUGGUGUGCCACUUCAGUGGACCUGGCAAAUUCCUGAGCUUUGAAGGGAAAAGGGGGGGCUCACUGCUUUUUAGCCUCCUAUUUUAAUUCUCUGACCUCUUUAACCAUCCCAAACUUCCUUAAUUCCCUUUUUUUAAGGAUAAACACUAUCUGUGAAGAAUUAGCUCGUAUUUCAAAUUCAAAAUAAAUGGGAAAUUACAAGUUGACAAACUGAUUUUUAGGUGAAGAUUCUUAAGAUUUGAAGUUUCUUAGAAAUUAGUAUUAGUUGGAGAUAAACUUAUUCUAAGUAUUUUUUUAAAUGAAUACAUUAUAAUACUUUUGUAGCUCUAGCACAAAAUCAGCUGUUUACAGUUUUCAGCUAAAAGAGGAUGGUAGUAUAGAUGUAGCAUCUAUAACAGUUCACAUUGCUAUGAGAAAAGCUAUUUUUUUCUGUGCAGAGCUAUAUGCAAUAAUUGUUUUUGUAUGAUGAUUUUGUGCUAGCAACAAUUUUUAUUGUAAAUUAUUUAUUUUAGUUGAUCUUGUUACAUGGGUGGUCACCUGUUCACUUUAGGCAUUGGUUACAAUAAUUUAUUUUCAAGAUAUAUUUCAAAAUAGAAUACAAGUGGUAAUUGAUGUGACUUGUUUUACUUUUGAAUGCAGAUAUCAAAUCUGCAGAAGUGAUACACAGAUGACUUUUUCAAACUUUUACACUUCUCAUGUUCCAAACCAGAGUGGUAUAACCUGUUUAUAGAAUACUUCCUAAGUGUAUAUUGUCACCUAAAAAUAUUUAUUAAUUCUUGCUUAAUAUGAAAUUUAUUAAUAUAGAUAAGAAUUUUUGAUGGAUUUAAGUUUUUUACGAUGUGAGUAACUUGAGCAUUCGCAUAAUGUAGUUUAAAUAAACUGCAUAUUGUAAAGAA